GUGAACUAUUUCACGAGCCCCGCUAAAAGGCCCAUUAAGGCGAACCCACCGCUUCCAGAUCCAAUAGUAUUCAGCAUUUCCCUAUUUUCUUUCUUUCCCCCAUCGUCUUCUUCGACCGCAUUCCGGGUUUCAACUCCUGCUGAUUUUGGAGAUUUUGACAGGAGGGGAGUUGGAGCUGAAAGAAGAAACCCUAGGUCCGUCGAAUUCGUCUCCGCAGAUCCGGAAGGUUGAAAAUUGGAAUUUCCGCCUUCCUAUCUUCGGUAUGGUGCUACUUUUCUUGUUUAUUAAUUGCCCGGUAACGAGAACUAUUAGGGAUGUAAUGCUGGAUAGUAUAUUUUACUCCCACUCUCCCUCUCCCGCCCAAUCAUUAUUUUGUUUUUUAAGUUCUCCCUUGUAGAUAAUGAAGCAAUUUUAGCACUUAACUCUCUGCCUAUUACUUACACAAAUGUAUAGUUUGGCACUAAGCAAGAAUAUGAAUCGGGUAUGCUUAGCUAAAUUUUUAUGUUGAAACUUGGAGAAAGCAAAAAGAUAUACGCCAAGAACCUAUUGGUCGGAAGGGUGUUUUGUUCUUCUUUUUAGGGGUUUUAGACUUUGGAGUGUCGGGAUUUCAUUUACAAUCAGUCACUUCCAUCAUUUCGUGCGUUCUUAUGAAAAUUUUAUUUCUAAUAUCAAAUAUGCAAGGGUGUAUCAAUGUGACUAUAGUGUGUGGUGGAGGAUUUGAGAGUGUGUGGAUGAAUGUUGAAAGUAAAAGGAGAGUUUUGUUCGGUAUUUUGUGGUUAGAUCUUCCAAUAUGUUGCUUGCUGUGCUUCUAUUAUUGAUGUCCUGGUCUGGUAAAUGGACUUAAUUCCUCUUUAAUGGUUUUUAAUAUGUUUCGGUUCUUAAUGAGUUAAUUCAGGUGUUUUAUCCAUGAAUCGGUAAAGAAGGCCUGUACAGUUUAGAGAGUAAUCUACUUUUGUUUAGGGUAAAAAAUUAUCUUAAGCAGUGUAUUAUUAUCAACUACCUGCUGCUGGGAGCCUUUUGAUGCCCAUUUUGACCUGUGGUUUCAAUCAUGAAGUUUUAAACUUACAACUAUGGUUGGCUUAUACACAACAAAUUAUGACAACAUAGUUGCAAUGAUUCUGCUAUCUAAUGAAACUGGUUUCUGGUUUUCCCUCCAUCAAUUUUUAGCCUGUGCAUGCUGGUGUAAACCAAUAGAACAAAGGUGAAUGAUAUAAAGGUACCCCUGACUGUAGGGUGUGAGUCAGUUAAUCUCGAAUGGACAGUUUUUACAUGUUUUCGGGGGUGAAAAUCUUCAAAGGUUAAAUAGAAUUAUGAAAAGGGUAAAUGCGUCAAUAUGUGAACUGUUACCUCACAUCAUGACGGAAAUGCUUUGUUUAUGAUAGAUGUCAAGCGCUUGGACAAGUAUGAGCUUUGGAAUCAUACAUAGGGAUGUAGAUUGGGAUUGGGAGGAGUUGUGGGUUUUUAUUUAAAAUUGGAGGUGUUGCUCGAAUCUCAGGAGAGCUAUACAACUGCAAAAUUUUUUGAGGGGAUGAGGAGACAAAAUUUAUUUUGGAUUAUAUUAUUGCUUUGGAGCUUUGGAAUGUAUUAUUGCUUUGGAGCUUUGGAAUAUGUUAUUGCUUUGGAGCUUCUUGGAGCAUAUGAGCAAUGGAGCUUGUGGAGCACCGCUCACCGCAAGGAUUGCUCUCUUGGUUUGCUUCAUUGUAGUUUUUUUCUUUUUUUUUUCUUUCCCCCUCUCUGAUUUGGUUCUUUUAUCGUCAAGCUGAGUGCAACAUAAUAACACAUUAGAAAUUGUAGUUUUAUGCUUUCAAAAGUUUGCCAUUGUGGAUAAUUAACACCAUCAUGAAUUGUAACAUCUUACACGCAGUGUUGCAGCAGAGAGAGACUGAUACCUCAUUGCUGUUCCUGUUUUCUGUGAGUGAAAAUGAGUGGUCGUUUCUCACGCACUAUCUAUGUUGGUAACCUUCCCUCUGACAUAAAGGAAAUUGAAGUUGAGGAUCUGUUCUACAAGUAUGGUCGUAUACUGGACAUCGAAUUGAAGAUUCCACCACGCCCUCCUUGCUAUUGUUUUGUGGAGUUUGAUAAUGCUCGUGAUGCUGAGGAUGCUAUUAGGGGUCGAGAUGGAUACAACUAUGAUGGGUGCAGGUUGAGGGUUGAGCUUGCCCAUGGUGGCAGAGGACCGUCUUCGUCGAGUGAUCGGCGCAGUGGCUAUAGUGGUGGUGGUGGCGGCAGCGGCGGCGGCGGCGGCAACCGUUAUGGUAUUUCCCGCCACUCAGAAUUCCGAGUUAUUGUUCGUGGGCUUCCUUCUUCCGCUUCUUGGCAAGAUUUGAAGGAUCAUAUGCGCAAAGCUGGGGAUGUUUGUUUCGCAGAAGUUUCACGCGAUGGGGAGGGCACUUACGGUUUGGUUGAUUACACUAACUAUGAAGACAUGAAAUAUGCUAUCCGGAAACUUGAUGACAGUGAGUUCAGAAAUCCUUGGACCAAAACUUAUAUCAGGGUUAAGGAACACAAAGGCAGUCCAUCACGAAGCCGAAGUAGGAGCCGCAGUAGAAGCAGAUCACCUAGAAGGAACAGAAGCAAAACACCCGAGCGAUCUGUUUCCAGAUCUCGUUCCAAGUCUAGAUCUGUUUCUCCUGUCAAGUCAUCUAGAGCUAAAUCCAGGUCAAGGUCUGCAUCUCCCCGGCAGGCACGCUCUGGCAGUGCUUGAUUCUAUUGCAAUCAGCACCUGAAGGGGAUGUUGAGAAGCUGCUUCACUGGAGAUGUUGUGCAUCCAAAAGGACCACCUCAUGUAUUGAUUGGGAUUCUGGAUCCCCCGUCAGUUGUAAUGGCUAAAGAUGUUUGCAACACCAGUUAUUUGGUGCUUAGUGAUGUGAACUUUGGAGUUAAGAUUUAAUCCAUCGGUAUCUCUGUUUUACCGUAUCAGUUUUUAGUGUCGGAUUAAUGCAGAUUUUGUCAGGACUCAUGGGUUGCAGUGUGCGUUUAGAGUCGCUGUGUUGGUUUUAUUUUUAUAGCUCUGUUCAAGCCCUGUGCAAAGAUCAGCCAACAAUUUUACUUGCUUUUACAUGUUGCAAAUUUGCAAGCUGUUUGUUGCUGAUGUUAUGCUCGAGUGUUAAAUCAUGAGUACUACCAGACGAGAUAGGAGAUAAUUUUCAAGUUUUUUCUUUUCAAUCGUAAGCAUAAUUAUAAAUGCGUAUAUAUAAACAUAACGAAUUCUUAUAAAAAGUUACUUUUGUUUCUUUAUCAUGCACAGUUAAAUCGGUUAAGUUGAUUGCUGGGAUUAAUCUCUGCUUCUGUAGGCCCUUCUAGCUCAUCUCAAGUGGAAUCCAGACCGAAAUUUGUCAUUACUAUACUCUAUACAUCGUCCUCCCGAACCUGCAAGUUUAGGC